AUGACAACCCAAGGUUCGAUCCUUUUCGUGGAUGCGUAUGAUUCAUUUGCAGAGAAUAUUGCCGCCCUUUUACAUGGAUGCCUUCAGGUCCAGGUCACUGUGAUCAGGAUUGACUGCAACAUUCAGCAAAAGUUUAAGCAGACGAGCCAGGAUUUCUUUGCUUCCUUUGAUGCCAUCGUCCUCGGCCCUGGCCCCGGAAAUCCAGAGAACGGUGAAGACGUCGGCCUUUUCAACCAAGUAUGGGCGUAUGCGGAAAACCAGCAGAUCCCUGUCCUGGGGAUUUGUCUAGGAUUUCAGAGUCUCUGUGCUAGAUAUAGCCUCCCAGUUAUGCGGAUGAGCCUGCCCUGUCACGGCCAUGCAAAAGAGAUAUGUCACUCUGGCAGAGAUAUUUUCUCGGGCACAGAAGACAUCCUUGCAACUUGUUACAACAGUCUCGGCGUCUACCUUACGGCCUUCCGGGGGGUUGAUACAGCGAGUCGUCCAGGUUCAUCUGGCUCCAACGAGAGUAUGUCAUCCUCACAGAGCCUUCACUCAAUAUCCUCCUUUUCCCUCGGGCCUGCGAACUAUACUGGCCGCAGCGAUGUCCACCAGCAAGUGAAGAGCUUGGAGGUUCUGGCUUGGGAUAAGAACGGUUGGGUCAUGGCUGUCAAACAUAGGCUGCUACCAUUCCAUGGGUUCCAGUUUCACCCUGAAUCCUGCAAGUCCAACCUGGCUUGCCAGACACUCGUCAAACAAUGGUGGAAGGCGACGACUAGUCACAACGAACAGCGUCGAGGCCCAUUCUGUCGUCGACAAGCGAGGCCGAUACAGGUUGAGGGACCAGAUGAUACCAUACUGCCCACCAGUGCGGUGAAUCUGUUACGUGAGCUGCUUUUGAUCUCAAGCACUUGCAAGGGCUCUGUACACCGCAAAUCAAUGCACCUCCCUGGGGCUUCUAGUAUGAUUGCAGAUCUUUGCUACCAAAACUCAUGGCCAGACAGCGUCGCCAUGCUGGAGUCCACGAAGAGAGGACGCUACAGCAUUUAUUCUUUCACUCACGAACAGACCUUUCUACUCGAAUACAAAGCCGGCCAGAUCCUCUUCCAUAUGUCAUCUUCAGCCCAUGGUCCUUAUCAACGCUCCUUGCUUAGCAGGGAAGUAGCUGUCACGCUCAUCGAAUCUUUCAUCCGCAGUCGGAGUUUCAAAGGUGACGAGGCAGAUCUCCCGUUCAGCGGUGGUUUCAUCGGAUUCAUCUCCUACGAGUUUAAUUCAGCAUCCUUGCACCUGAAGCUUCACAGGCAGAACGUGCCACCACCGUUGACGCCCGAGAUCAGCCUUCUCUGGGUAGACCGUAGCGUCAUCUAUGACCAUGACACUGGGAUGGCACAUGUGCAGUCCAUACGAGACGAUGAUCUCUGGGUGGAUGAGAUUGCGGACAUGCUGCAGAGCAACUACGAAGCUUUGGGCGAAGCUUCGAGUUCGGCAACCAGCAAGAAAGCACAGGAGAUUUUGUCCUCGGCCAAGUUCACCCUCCCGAAUCAUGACCGAUAUGUCUCGCAAAUCCGCGCUUGUCAGUCCGAGUUGCUCGCUGGAAACUCCUACGAACUUUGCCUGACCACAGAAGCAACCAUCACCACACCUACUAGCUCCGACGCUGCUUACUUACUCUACAGGAACAUUCAGCGGCACAACCCGGUACCGUUCGCCUCCUAUAUGAGCUUCAACAAAACCACGAUCCUCUCUUCCUCACCGGAACAGUUCCUCUCGUGGUCAGCCAAAGACGGCACGAUCGAUAUGAUCCCCAUGAAAGGCACUGUCAAGAAGACGCCCGAGAUGACGCGCGCAAAAGCCACUGAGAUUCUGUCCUCUGCCAAGGAAAGUGCAGAGAAUCUCAUGAUUGCGGAUCUGAUCCGCCACGAUCUCUAUAGCACGGUUGGCCAUGACGCAAAGGUCGAGGUGGUAAAGUUAUGCGACGUGGUCGAGUCGGAAACGGUGUUCUCGCUUGUGUCCCAUAUCCGCGCCCAUGCUCCGAUCUCUCCCGACGUGGACAAGGCCUUUGACGAAUACGCACGAGCAAUGUCAAACUAUGGCAUCAGAGCGCUCACACGUACACUUCCACCCGGCAGCAUGACGGGCGCCCCAAAAAAGCGGUCCUGCGAGAUCCUCGACGAUCUCGAGCGCCGAGACCGUGGCGUCUAUUCCGGAGCGAUCGGCUACAUAGACGUCUGUGGGAACGGGGCGUGGUCGGUCGUCAUUCGCUCUGCCUUCUCUAACCGCGAAGAUAACGAGACCGAUCCAACUACCGGCGAAGAGACACAGAAGUGGCGCGUCGGAGCUGGUGGUGCCAUCACCGUUCUGAGUAAUGAAGAGGAGGAGUGGGAGGAGAUGAUGACAAAGUUAGAUAGUGUGCUGAGAGGAUUCCGGGUCGAUUGA